ACGGAUGUGACGUCCUUAUUCAAAAUUCAACCUUCCCCCUUUUAUCUCAAUCUUUUCCCCGUAAACUCAAAAAAUAAUUCAUGUUAAAGACGUUGUCCUUUGUUGCUAAUGCUUUUUCCAAGAGAGAACAUGCACAUUGCCAUUCACUUUGGCUCUCCGUGUCAGUUUCAGUUUUUGCAGUUCGACGAACCCAACCCAACCUCAACAUCUGUUGUAGUACCCGGCUGCCGUAUUCCAACAAGUUUGGUGCCACAUAUUUGAAAAUGGAAGGUGAACCGAAAGAGGACAUGGAAAAGGGAGAAGUUUCUGAUGAAAUCGACCGUCCUGAAAAAUCAAAUCCUAGAGCAAUAGGAGAACUGAUAAGUCGGCGUUUGGAAUCAGAAAUCACCAUUGAAGCUACCGUAGAUACCGGGUUUGAGUUCAUGGCUAUUGAAGAAUGCAAAGCAAAAUUUGGCAAAGAAAUUGACGUUAUCAAAGAGCGUGGUAGAAUAAUGUUCAACAUCGAUAAAUCAAAAUAUUCUGAGGUUUUGCUAAUGAGAUCUGUUGAUAAUUUGUACCUAGUAUUAAGCUAUGAUUCCAGUGUAGGUUUUCAAGGAUCUAACACGGCUGAGGAUAUAGCUAUUGCUGCAAAGCAAGCUCAUACUCCUGAAUGGGACCGUUGGUUGAAUGUAUGGAAAGACCUUGUAGAAUUUAAGGGUAUUUUGAGACCUUCUACGGAAGAGUAUGCAGCUGCCAAUGAACGUGCUACCAAAGACAAGGAAGAAGAAAAGAUUAGACAAGCUGAGCGUCAGAAAAAGUACAAAGAACGGCAACAACGUAAUGCUGAGAAGCAAGCUAAGCGUAAAGCUAAAGCCGAUCUUAUCAGAGCACAAUAUAAUGCUCGCAGGGCUGCUGCCGACAAUGAUCAGAAAGAACCUGAGAGCAGCAAAGGGGACUCUGAUGAGGCUUCUUCUGGAAUGAAGUGUGAACUGGAAAAAACUGAUGGUAAAAUUGAAGAAACAAGUCCUAAAGAAGAUGUCUUGGAGUCUGUGUCUGGCAUUGAGGAAACUGUGCAAGACUUGCAGAUUCAGUCUGAAAAUGUUAAAUUAGAUAAAAUAGGUGUAGAAAAUGUUGAACUUGACCACUCCCAGGAUGUUGCAGCACCAAACCCUUGUCCUGAGGAGGCUGAAGUAAAUGUUGACUCUGAUGAUGAGAUUCAGUCAUUACCAGACUAUGACAGAGAGGUUGAACGUGAAAUCGAUCAAACUGUGCCUCCUGAGAAAAGAGUUUUAAGGUUCAGAGCUACAUGUUUCCGUGUUGGCAAGCAUACUUUUGGCUCAAUGGAGGCAGCUCGAGAAUUUGGUGGAGCUCUGCAAGACAAAUUCAAUUGGGUUGUGGAUCUUGUUAAUUUCAAUGCAGAGGUCAUUCUGUUUGUGGUGAAAGAUACUGCUCAAGUUAGCAUUGCUCUUACUAAAAAAUCUCUUCAUCGGAGGAAUAUCUCUUUCUUUGGACCAACAACACUCAGGUCCACUGUAUGUCACAAUUUACUCCGAUUAGCUGAUGUUAAACAAGGAGACAUAGUUCUUGAUCCACUUGCAGGUGGUGGAUCAGUUCCUAUUGAGGGAGCAAUGAGUUUUCCUGGUACAUUUCAUAUUGGUGGAGAUAACCAUUCUAAAGCAAUGUCUCGCUUAUACUCCAACCUUCGGGUUCUUCAUGAAGAGAUUGGGAAGGAGCUACCUCUGGGUGCGGUUCGCUGGGAUGCUCGGCGAUUGCCACUCAAUGAAGCAAGUGUAGACGUCAUAGUGUCAGAUCUGCCUUUUGGCGUUCGUUUGGGAAGUAAAUCAGGAAACCGUAAUUUGUAUCGCCGUGUUUUAUUGGAGAUGGCCCGAGUCACAAGACCAGGCACAGGACGAGCUAUAUUGCUUACUCAAGAUCGAAGAAGUUUUGCUUUAGCUCUUGUGGGCACAAUGGGUUUGUGGUGGCAGAGUAAAGUCAUGUCAGCCAAUAUUGGCGGUUUGGAUGCAGCUGUCUUUACCCUGCGCCGCACAGCUAAAGUACGGCCUGAUGAAGCUGACCUAGCCGCCGCCGCUGAACUCGCCAAGGACCAGGACAAGUGGCGCGAAGGAGGAUACUCUCGAGGUGGUUAUGGACGUGGUCAAAGCCAUGGACAUCAAGGUCGUGGUGGUCGAGGUCAGGGCCAGGGCCGAGGUAGAGGAUGGGGUGGCAGAGGUCGUGGCUAUCCUCGCGGUGGUAAUAAGCAGUCUGGAAGUGGUGGCAACUGGAGAGACCAUGGGUCCAAAGGAAGUCCCAAACCUGAAGCCAACUAAGCUCUCCCUCAAACUAGUAUUUUCAUUUUUCAAAACUGAUAUUCAUGCACUGAAUAGGAAAUGUGAUCAUUGUUAUCAAUAUUGUGAUACCAAUUGAAAUUAUUUAGUUCUGUUUGAUUACACACAAUGGGAUAGCUGCUUUCCCCAAACAUA